CACCACGACCACCACUAGUAGCUGCAGCCAUGUUGCAACAAACCUCUUCUGCCAAUGCUUUUCCCAUGAAGAAAAAUGAAUAUCAACGCACAAUCCGCCUGGACACAUGUAUCGCUCAGAAAGUCCUGUAUGUGGUCGGGACCACCUUGAAGACAAACCUGGGCAGGUGUGCGCCUCCCAACUCCACGUUCUUCUCCGUGAAAUGCACUCCCAGCGUCAAGUACGACAUCAUCCCGCCUCCCAAGGAGUCCUCUCAUCUCUCCCCCAUCACCCUAAAUGAAAAGUCAGUGCUGCUCAUCUCCAUGAGCGGUGCCAGCCAGUAUGAAAAUGACAGCAAGCUAUCUGUCAGAUACUACAGCCAGGAUAAAGACAUUUUGGGGAACGCAAUCCUGCACCUGACAGCGCUUGAAAUCUCUCUCGAUGUGGACGCAGACCGAGAUGGAGUUGUGGAGAAAAACAAUCCCAAUAAGGGAUCUUGGAAGUGGGGGCCUGAUGGGCACGGAGCCAUCCUAUUGGUGAACUGUGAUUCGGAGCGGAGCUACUUCCAGAAACCAGACAAUGAAGUGGACUACAUCUCCAAGUUGUCAGACCUGAAGGACAUGUCCGUGAUGGUGCUUCGGACGCGCGGCCCAGCCAGGCUUCCAGAUGGCUACAAGCUCACCAUGCACAUUUGUCAAGGCCACGCAGACGGUGUCAGAGUUUACAGGCCCAAGCCUCGUUAUACUAGCAACUCCAUAUCUGGUGUGGCAAAUGAAUUCGCCCAAGUGCUGUGCAGCAACGUCUUGUCCAGGGAGGUGCCUUACCUGGGGGGUGCAGCCGAGAUGAACUUUUAUGUGGAGGGUCUGAAGUUUCCUGACAAAGACUUUGACGGGCUCAUCAGCAUCAGCCUCAGCCUCCUGGAGCCCAUAUGCACAGGUCUCCCCGAGACUCCCAUUUUCACAGACACCGUCAUGUUCCGAGUGGCACCUUGGAUCAUGACUCCUAACACCUUAAGGCCUGUCGAGGUGUUCGUCUGCAGUACCUCAGAUAACUACUCCUUCCUGAAAGGAAUGAGGAGUCUCGUUGCCAACAGCGGAUACAAACUAAACAUCUGUCAUGAGUACAUGAACAGAGGAGAUCGCUGGAUGCAAGAUGAGUUGGAGUUUGGCUACAUUGACGCUCCGCAUCACCGCUUUCCCGUUGUCCUGGAUUCGCCUCGAGAUGGAAAACUUUUGGACUUUCCGUACAAAGAACUACUGGGUCCUGACUUUGGCUACGUGACGAGAGUGGCGCUUAGAAAAGAUGUCAGCAGUCUGGACUCAUUCGGCAACCUGGAAGUCAGUCCUCCUGUGACUGUGAAUGGGAAAAAGUACCCACUGGGAAGAAUCAUCAUUGGAGUGGCCUUCCCUACGACGACCAAAGGGCGGAACAUGACCCAAGUGGUCCAGGACUUCCUUUGGGCACAGAAGGUUCAGCAGCCCAUUGCUUUGUUUUCAGACUGGUUGCUUGUCGGCCAUGUGGAUGAAUUCAUGACUUUUGUUCCUGCGCCUGACAGGAAGGGCUUUCGUCUGCUGCUGGCCAGUCCAGAUGCAGGCUACAAGCUCUUCAGAGGCUUGAAGAACAACGGUCACGGCCAGGCCAGACUCUUUGAGGGUCGCAGAGACCAAGAGCCAAUCACAGUGGACGACAUACUCGAAGAUGCAGGCUUCCAAGCUGAGAACAACUACGUUCAGAGCUGCAUCGACUGGAACCGAGACGUACUGAAACGAGAGCUGGGCCUCGAUGACUCCGACAUCAUCGACCUGCCCAUCCUCUUUAAGCUACAGCAGGACGAAGAUAAUGAAUACAGAGCUGUGGCAUUCUACCCUGACAUGGUGAACUUGAUCGUCCUGGGCAAAAACCUCGGCAUUCCCAAGCCGUUCGGUCCAAAAGUGAACGGCCGCUGCGCCCUGGAGGAAGAGAUGAGCUCUCUGAUGGAAGACCUGGGCCUCAGCUGCACCUUCAUUGAUGACUUCGCCUCCUACCACCGGCUUCUUGGAGAGGUCCACUGCGGCUCCAACGUGCGAAGAGAACCCUUUGACUUCAAAUGGUGGAACCUGGACAUGUGAACUCAAGUGUUUGAGGUAUAAGCCACCACCGGUUGUGUAAUUGUCGCCUUUGUUAAACAUCUUUAUUUACAAUAAGCAUUUAAAGCAAUAUGUACAACCAAUUCUUUUUUUUUUUUUUUUUUUAAACAAGGGCAUCAGCUGACUGAACAGACAAGAAGAGAAAUACAAUCAUUUACAAACAGAGCGCUGAAAAAAAUCCAGUCCAAACUGGUCUACUUGGAUUUGAACAGUUAGGCCAGACACAUCGAGGUGCUAUUGUAUUCAAGCCACUAGGGGGCGCAAGAAAUCAAUGCUUUUCGUCUCAAGAGUUUGACCUGAAUCAUUUAUCAGUGUUUCUGCACAUCCCUUUUUUUUCCCAACUGUCAAUCAUGUGUGCCUGCUUUAUUUCAUCACUGACUCAGGGUGCGUUCACACUUGUCAUGUCUGCUUCAGUUAAAACCUAAAACAUACUCUGGUGCUUUUCUUCUGUUGUUAUGGUUCAUUAGAUCAAAUGUGAACGCCACCCUCUGAGCACGGCCUCGCCCGAUUGAGAGAUGGGCUUUGGUCCUCUUGUAAGUGAACUGUUGCUUGGUUUGGUUCACUUGAGGUCAAAUGUGAAUGCUUCAAAAAGCAUGCGGAAUUGACGAAUAGGUUAAAAGAAAAUGCAUUGGUGUGCUUUCGGUGUGUGGCAAUUUGUAAAUAGAGUUUAGAGGUUUCAUGAAAUCUACACUGGUAAAUGGAGCACAAUAUAAAAAUAUGCAAUAUUUCAAUUACGUCACUUAAUAGGUCAGGAAAGCUGACUUUUUUUUAAAUGAAAGGAUGUGGGGGCACUUUCAUAUUGUUCACAUUGAUUAAACACACCAAUUCAAUGUAGGUCAAGAUAUACAAAGUUGGUCAUUAAUAAUAAAGACAGGUGACAAAUCCCCCUAUCAAAAUUUUUUCUUAUUUUAUUUAGAUUUCUGGGGCAUGAAUGUCCAAAACCCAUUCAGGAGUGACCCCACUGGAAAGUGAAAAAAUAUCUGCACCAUCCACUAGGUUGUCUGAUUGACACUAAAUCCAAUACACAUCAUUAUGGCGAGGAAGAAAAUUAUGGCGAGCAAGAAAAUCAUCAAAAAAAUGUUUAUUUUUUUGUUUGUUUAUUUUCUGUGUGGCCCUAAUCUUCCUCUGUUGGUUGUUUUAUUAAUUCAUUCAUUCAUUCAUUUUCUACCGCUUAUCCUCACAAGGGUUGCGGGGGUGCUGGAGCCUAUCCCAGCUGUCUUUGGGCGAGAGGCGAGGUACGCCCUGGACUGGUCGCCAUCCAAUCACAGGGCACAUAUAGACAAACAACCAUUCACACUCACACUUCAUACCUAUGGACAAUUUGGAGUCGCCAAUUAACCUAGCAUGUUUUUUUUGGAAUGUGGGAGGAAACCGGAGUACCCGGAGAAAACCCACGCAUGCACAGAGAGAACAUGCAAACUCCACACAGGGUGGGAUUGAACUCGGGUCUCCUUGCUGUGAGGUCUGCGUGCUAACCACUCAUCCGCCGUGCAGCCGUUGUUUCAUUUAUAUGUAAAUCAUUCCACGAGCCAAUUAAAAAAAAAAAAUCAGCUGCGAGUCUCAAAUGGGCCACACUUUGGACAACCCCUGCAUCCGUUUUUACUGUGCAGUCUUCUGUCCCAUGACAAAAAUAACAAUAUGAACGCAAAGCAAACUGCACCAAAGUGCACACUUUUAGUGUCUUUUUUUUAUUUUCCAAUCCACAAGUGUGAACGCAGCCUUAAAGAAACCGAGAUAAGGGGAAGGGGAAUCGCUGAAGCAUCAAACCCCGAUUUGCAAAUAAACAGUGAAGCAUGAUGUGCCAUGUGUGUGUUACAUUCAGGGAUAAAGACAAGCUCUCACCUGACACAAUCAUCGUAAAGGCAACUUCAAGAUGAGUCACAGUGUCGUUGAAAAAUAGACAAACAACCUUAGCUUGUCUUACGUCGCAAACAUAUCCAACAUUUUACACAUGAAGUUUAAAAAAAAAACUACACUGUACUGUAUGUGGUUUCAAUAAAACAUUAGGCACAGGUACAACAUGGCACCAGAGGACGUUUUGUUUAGUUUUUGUCAAGCGGGUUGACACCAUGUACAGUACACACACACACGUGCGCCUACGCACACACACACACACACACUCACACAAACAAACAAUAACCGAGUGACAUUUGGUGAUUUCAAAUGCUUGUUGCUGGUUGAGGCACCACAGUAGACAUAUUUGGAUGUAUUUUCAUAGAAUUAUUGGGAUUAAAAAAUGCUUCGACUGUCAUUCAACCACCACACAAAUAGCCUCAAUCUAAAAUGAAGCAUGACAAAUACUGCUGGUUGCUGAAAAAAAAUGCUUGUUAAAUAAGUCAGGGAUUCAAAACCCUCACAACGGCCAACUCACGUGACAAUAAGAUGUGAGAUCUCCCGUCUCUUGACUUUUCUUCCAUUGCUCUCGCUUCUUUUCCAUCCCCCCCAAAAAUCUAACUAGGGUGGUUGCUCACUGGUCGGGAUAGGCCAAGCAGAUUUAAUCUGUCGAAGCAGACGACAAACAGUAGUGAUGCUGUGUGACCUUUAAAGAAGGACUUUGAGAGCCGGACUCAAGGCAGGAUGUGUCCUCGGAGUUUCUUCUGGCGUCUGUCAGGACAGGCGGCGGAUUCCGAGCCAAAUGUUUGGAGGAUCUGGCUUCAGAGUUGACCUCUGUCAGUUGAAGAGGCGACGCAACCUGUCGCUUGUUUCUGACAUGUGGUGCCUCUCGAAGAAAUGCUGUGACAGAGGUAAACAGGAAGUGGAAUAUUGAAACAUAUCUUAAAAU